CGAAUGAACCCCAAUUCUGAAGUGCCUCUUUUCCGAUUCAGGAAAUAUGAAGACCUAAAUCCUCCACGUGUCGAGGAUUUUUGCUACAUAACUGAUAAUACUUACACCAAAAAGGAGGUUAGUUGGGUUUUCCCUAAGCACGCCACGCACACAAGAAUCAUGACAAGAGCUGCUCAGGAUAAGGAUAGUUCUAAUGUUGAAUCACGAGAUUUACUGUCUUGCUUUGUGACGGCGCAGUUUAAGCACGUAGCAACAUUAGUCCCUCCCCCAGAAAUCCCGUUGGAGCUAUUCUAA